AUGACGGACGCAGUGGAACGUUUUGGCAAUUUCGACCUUAUCAAGAAAGUUGAGCUUGACUUUACCGACGUCGUUGUUUCGAAAUGGAAGAGCCGUGUUACUGGACUUAAUGUCAUUCAUUUGGAUUAUGAGGCCCCGAUCGUCAAUGGGUACUUUGUUGUACCUACCGAAAUCUUCGAUGAUUCUGGAUGCCCGCAUACUUUGGAACAUUUGGUCUUCAUGGGGUCUGAAAAGUAUCCUCACAAGGGCAUUUUGGAUCUCUUUGCAAAUCGGGGGUUUUCGAACGGGACGAAUGCUUGGACUGACACUGACCACACUGCCUACACGGUCUCCACUGCAGGAGAGCAAGGAUUUUUGCAGCUACUUCCCAUAUAUGUAGACCACAUUCUUUAUCCUACAAUAACGAAAGCUGGUUUUGUUACAGAAGUGCAUCACAUAGACUCAAAAGGUCAUGACUCCGGUGUGGUAUAUAGUGAAAUGCAAGGGCGAGAGAAUACAUCAGGCGAUUUAAUGGCACUUCGACUUCAGCGUUUGCUUGACCCCCCAGGUAGCGCAUAUCGGAGCGAAACCGGAGGAUUGAUGGAGGCACUUCGUGUGUUGACACCGGAACAAAUUCGAAAAUAUCAUUCGACUUACUAUGUUCCCCACAAUCUUUCCCUCAUUGUUGGCGGGAAACUUUCCAGUGGAACGUCGUCGUUGCUUCGGGUUAUCCAAGACCAAAUCGAACCCAGCCUUGUCGCUCAUAAGCAGGACAGAGGAUCCCGUCCCCCAGGCUGGAAACGGCCUUUUGUAGAGACUACCAGCGCAAUACGAACUCCCAUUGAUAGAGUGAUAAAAGAUGUCGUGGAGUUUCCAGAAAAAGAUGAAUCUAUGGGUGAACUUAUAAUCAACUUUGUGGGGCCUCCCGUGAACGCAUUUCUUGAACGCAAGGCUUUGGAUAUCAUCGGUACCUAUUUGACAUCAUCCGCCGUAGCCCCGUUGAACAAGGAAUAUGUUGAGAUUGAAUCACCUCUUUGGUAUUAUUGCAUCUGCCAUUUGCUUAGUUGGUUGCUAACGUCGAAUAGCUCUUAUAUAUACUUCGGAGAGGAUACCAGGGCAACUCGCAAUGAUCUUCCUAUAUACGUUGGAUCCGUGCCUACCGAGCACCUACAUGGUUUUGACGAAAAGUUGAAAGCAAGCCUGGAACGAAUCGUACGCGAAGGUAUAGAUAUGGACAGGAUGUCGAUGAUCCUUAAUAGAGAUGAACGGCAGUUGCGCAGCAAGCUCGAAUCUGCUAAGGGGGAUACUUUCUCUGGCACUGUUAUUACCGAUGUUUUGUACGGUGCUGAGGAUGGCUCCGAACUGCAUUCCUCAAUGGACGAAAUCAAUCAAUAUAAUGUUCUGCGGCGCUGGACAAACUCAGAAUGGGCCAAUUUGUUACAAAGAUAUUAUAUUGACCCGCCUUCCGUUGUCGUAUGUGGAAAACCUUCAGCGGCCCUUGCAGAUAAACUGGAGAAAGACGAGAAAACACGUGUGGCGGAACAAGUCAAGAAGCUCGGUCUUGAUGGUUUAAAAAAAGCAGAAGCGGAACUCGAGGCGGCAAAGGCCGAACACGGGAAACCAACACCAUCCGAUAUUCUGAUAGGCUUCCCCGUGCCAGACGUUAAAAGUAUAUCAUGGAUUACAGUCCAAAGUGUGCAAGAGCCCGGAAAGGGGAGGAAGGUGCACCCGCCAUCCUUUUCAAGUGAACCUUUAUCUGCACACAUCGACGCGGACGGAAACCCUCUUGCCUUUUUUGUGGAAUAUGAUCAUGUCGAGUCAGACUUUGUUUCGAUCCAUGCAUUCUUCUCGAUGGAGAAGCUUCCUGAUCGACUUAGACCAUAUAUAUCAACUUAUUUAUCGGCCUUUUUCUCUCUGCCAGUGACCAGACUCUCUGGGGAGCGGUUGUCCCACGAAGAGGUCAUCAAUAAACUUGACAACGAAACCGUUUCUUACGAAAUCUCUACGGGCAUUUCCAAUGCAUUCACGGAUGUGCUGCGUGUCAGCAUCAAGGUAGAAGUUGCUCUCUACGAGACAGCUAUUGCUUGGCUAAGAGAUCUGGUUUACGGAGGCGAAUUCGAUAAAGAUCGAUUACAGGUUGUUGUGGCCAAAAUCCAACAAUCUCUACCAGAAAUGAAGCGUGAUGGAAAUAACGUUUUGGGGUCCUUAUGGUCAAACCUUUUAUACAGCGAAAAGUCAACAUCCCGCUCUGGGGGCGUGCUUCCUCAGGCAGAAUUUAUUCCCAAGCUCGCCAAACAACUACAAGAAAGUCCGUCUGAAGUCAUUGCAGAUUUCGAAGCAAUUCGAAAAUCAAUCACGGAACCUUCCGGUGUGCGAUUUUCUGUUACUGGAAAUGUUUUGAAGGUAGAAAGACCUCGGAGUCCUUGGGGCAAAUAUUUCGACAGUGUUUUGACGGCAACGGAUCUGUCUCCAAUUCCCCUUGCUUCGCAAACUCUUAGUGAAAUCGGCGAGAAUCUAUCCCGGAAGGCGAUCAUUAUGAGUUUACCUACGAUUGAAAGCUCUUACGUCACCCAUACAACCAAAGGAAUUGAGGGUUUCAAUCAUCCUGAUUACCCUGUCUUGCGCGUAGCGCUUGAAGUUUUGAACGCAACCGAGAGUUACCUAUGGCGCUACAUACGGGGAUCUGGAUUGGCUUACGGUGCAUAUGUAUCGCUUGACGUGGAAGCAGGUUUACUUAGCUUUUCUUUGUAUCGCAGCUCCAACAGCAUGAGCGCAUUCCAGGAAGCGCGAAACGUUAUCAAGGGGCUCGUAGACGGAUCAAUUGAGCUCGACGUAACAACCCUUGACGCUGCCAAGAGUAGCAUUGUUUACGGGGUCACAAAAAAUGUGUCCACGGCUGGAAGAGCGGCGAUGGUCUCAUUUACAAAUCAAGCGCUGAAGGGCGUUCCUCAGACCCACCAGGUCGACCUUCUGGAGAAAUAUCAGGCAGUCACUAAGGAGGAUGUCCUCACUUCCCUGAAGGAGCACUUCUUACCAUUGUUUGACUCUUCGUCAUCAGUAGUAGUGGUUGUCACUGCCCCCUCUAAGUCUGAGGAGAUCGGGGAGGGACUGAAGGAAGCAGGCUUUGAAGUAACCCAACGAGUUAUGGAAGUAGACCCUGAAGAGCUUGAAGAUGGCGAAGAGGAUAGCAGUAGCGGCACUAGCGACAGUGGAUCGAGUGCCAACUAG